AAUGAGAAUAAGCAGAAUUACACCAAUCACAAACAUCAGUUUGCAUUCUCAAAGAGGGUAUAAAAUGGGCGAGUUGGGGCGGGGUGAACAUUCCUUCAUUCUGGUUUGUGUCGAAUUGUGACUGUGAAAAUGUCUGGACGUGGAAAAGGCGGCGCUGGCAAAGCUCGGUCCAAGGCCAAAUCUCGCUCGUCUCGGGCUGGACUGCAGUUCCCGGUCGGCCGGGUUCACAGACUCCUGAGAAAGGGUAACUAUGCUGAGCGGGUGGGUGCCGGAGCCCCGGUCUAUCUGGCUGCUGUGCUCGAGUAUCUGACGGCCGAAAUCCUCGAAUUGGCCGGCAACGCGGCCCGGGACAAUAAGAAGACCCGCAUCAUCCCCCGGCACCUGCAGCUGGCCGUCCGCAACGACGAGGAGCUGAACAAGCUGCUGGGAGGGGUGACUAUCGCUCAGGGCGGUGUGUUACCCAACAUCCAGGCCGUCCUGUUGCCCAAGAAAACCGGCGCUGCCAAAUCAAGUUUAUUAUCACCGGCAUCUGACGUGAAUUUUGUUAACUUCGCAGCAGCAGUUCAAUGUCAUACAUAACCUGGAAGACAAAGUUAUAAAGUAAUAAAUAAAACAAAAUAAAAUAAAACAAUAAAU